AUUUGGUUCUUUUAGCAACAUUCCAUAAAUCGAAACAUUUCAGAGUUUAUUCAAUGAAUUUCAAAAAAUGGACCCACAAAUUUCUAUACAUAUCAUUGAUCUUUUAAAUAAGUUGAAAAAUUAUUAUGAAAAAAAUCCCAAGAAGAAAAAUGCCUUUCAACGAUCUGUGACAAUAUUAUCAUUUGUUUCUAGUUUUCAUCAACAAAUUCAAAAAUUGACAAUCAAUCAUGAAGUAUUGUUUCCAUUUGAAGAAAAUGAUUAUGAAAAUGCUGUCAUUGAAAUGAAAAAAACUUAUCUAAAUGACAAACAAAAACUCGGUGAAUUUGCUCCCGUUCAUAUUGAUUUGAGUUUUGUGUUUAGUAAAGAAAUUAUUAAAUAUUCAUCAGAUUGUCAAUUUAUGUUGAAUAUCAUUCUGGACAAAUCAUUGCCCGAUACAUUACCAUCUAUCACUGUCACAUCAAUGCUUCCAGCCAAUAAAUGUCGUAUUGAUCGAUUGAAUCGAAUUUUCGAGCUGUUUUGUGAAAAAUAUCAUGAAAAUCAUGAUUUUUUAUUCAAUCUAAUGUUUCAUAUGAAUCUAUUCGUAAAAUAUCUAUUUCAAAUUAACGCUGAUGAUAUGAUUUUUCGUUUAAACGAAACAGCCAAGUUAAUUUUGGAACUAGUAACAAAGCCCAUUGAUCCAUUGCCUAAAGAUGACUAUUAUUGGAGUAUGCAACAAAUUCUUGAAAAGGAACGUCCAUUAAAUGAACAAAUAAUAAAUGAUGAAUUGAAAAAAAUCAACAACGAUAAAAUGGUGGCUGUAGAAUUAGAUGAAAACACUAUACGAUCUGCCAUUGGUGAUUCUUCCAUUGUUCCUCCACUGAAAUCAACUGAAUUUGAUUAUACUGUCUAUUCGGGCAAAACGAUGAUGUCUUGUCGUAAAAAUGCAGAAAUAGAUCUAAUACCGAUGAACAGUAGAUAUUUUUUCUAUAAAUUCGGAGACCUUCUUUUCCACUCCGUAUUUUACGAACAUAUUGGAUAUGAUAAAAAGCAAGGUGAACAAUAUCGAUAUUCACAAUUUGAAUAUGAUUUUAGUUUGUUAGCCCGUCGUCUUCGUGAUCUUUAUCCAGAAUUUCAGUCAAACAUGGAAUACAUUCUUAAAAAAAUUCAAGAAAUAAUCGAAGAUAAAAUCUACAAUAUAAUUAAUCGAAAAAGAUUUUUUAGCGAUUAUCAUCAUAUUGAAUCAAAAUGGUUAAAAUCGGACAAAUCCACAGAGGAAAAAGUUAUGCCCACAAAAUUGUCAAUUAGGAUUGCAAAAGAAAAUUUACCCAAAAAAGAACAAAAUAUGGCUUCCCUUGGUCAAAUUUGUUGGCUUGAGUGUUUUUUAGAUGAUUCGAUUUGCAUUGAAGAUAGUAAAAUAUCAAGAAUUGUAAUUUCAAUGGUGGAAUCACUCAACUUGUUACAUGAAAACAAUAUGUUUUAUGGUCAUUUUGAUCGAGAGAAAAUUUACAUUGGACAACAUGGCGAUCUAAAACUUUAUGAUGCAUUCUUAGAAACAUUUAUUACGAACUUGAUUCCAAUCAUUGUACGUUCGUUAAUCGGUGAUCAUGAGCGUGGAAUCAGAAAAAUAGAUCUCGAUGAAUUUUGUGAAAAUUUUCAUAUGUCUCACAUAUAUGCAAAUGAAAUUUUCAACUUUGGUGCUUUUGUACUGGCAAUCCAUACUGAUUUCGAUAUAAAUCCAUUGCCACCAACUAUUGACCAUGAUAUUGACAAUGAAAAUAAGAUCAGAUCGAAAAAAAAUUUAAAGCUUAUACCUAUGACAAGAGAUCCAGAUUUUAAAUCUUUGCUCAAUUUAAUUUUACUCUGUAUGGCUUCUGAUCAUAACAAACGACCAACAAUCAAAGGUCUUUUCAUGAAUGAUUAUAUUAAAAAAUGUAUAAAGGAAGAAUUCAUUAUUCCCAAUGUUAAUCGAAAAAAUAAUCAAAAUUUGAAUCCUUUUUUGUCGAUUGAUAUUGAUCAAGCAGCUACUUCACGGCUUAAAUCUGAGUUCAUUGUUCAUGAAUCCAUCGGUCAAGGAGGUUUUGGUUUUGUCUUGCGGGCUUUGAAUAAACUUGAUGAUUCAACUUAUGCUAUAAAAAUAGUAAAAUUUCGUGAAAAUCAAGCCAAACAUGUAAUGAACGAAGUACAUCAUCUUUCUCGAUUAAAUCAUCCAAAUGUAGUACGAUAUUAUUCAUCGUGGAUAGAUGAUACUAAAUUCGAAGAUUUUGAAAAUGAUUUAAACUUGUCUUGUUUGGAUGAUCAAUCCGAUGAUUCGAUUAUAACAAUUGAUUCGCCAUCAAAUAAAAUGAUUCCUAAGAAAGUUCUAUGUAUCCAGAUGGAACUAUGCUCAUCAACAACUUUAAACAAUUUGAUCAAAUCUAAUAAGAUUCAAAAAGAAACAAAUUUACGAUCAAAAAUCUUUAAACAAAUUUGUGAUGCUAUUCAAUAUAUACAUUGUCUGGGAAUCGUGCAUCGUGAUCUCAAACCAUCCAACAUUUUUUUCGAUGGCGAAUAUAAUGUAAAAGUUGGUGAUUUUGGACUCGCUAAACUUGAUUUGGUCCCUGUCAGCACUAACAAUGAAAAAUCUACGCCACAACAAUGUUCACGUAAUUCAUCGUCAUAUAAUUUAGGCACAUAUUUAUACAUGGCUCCAGAAUCUCGUAACUUAGGUGCUUAUAAACCAGAUUUUAAAAUAGACAUUUUUGCACUUGGUCUGAUCUAUUUUGAAAUGUGUUAUUUCAUGAAGACAGAUUCUGAACGUAUUCGACUUUUAAACAAAUUUCAAAAUCGAACAUGUGAAAUUCUGAAAACUGUAGUGAAAAAUAUCGAUCCAAAUGAUUGGAAUCUAAUUAAAUUAAUGACAUCGUUUGAUCCGAUCAAACGACCUACUGCUAAAGAAUUGAUUGAAAUAAUGCAAGAUUUAAAGUUUUUAAUGACAUCGAUCACGAAUAAGAAUUAUUCCGUGUUGGAUAACCUCGAUUCUACACGAUAUCGAGAAUUAAUAUCGAAAAUCUUCGAAUCGAAUAAUAGAACUCAAGAAGAUAUAGUUUAUGAUUUUAGAGCUAAUAUUAAUCCACGCAAUGUUUGGUCAGAAGACGAAUUCAAUUAUAAACUUGUGUUCCUGAAUUUUGCCAAAUGGACGCUUGAAUUGCAUUCAUUGUUAUUUGGUGCUGUUCAAAUGCCAAUACCAAUUGUAAUGGCGAAAAAUUUUUUGCAAAAUCAACCCGGUGACCGAAGUGUUUCUUUGAUUGACCGAAAAGGAACACACAUUGUUUUGCCUGAUCAUCAUCGUGGUAUUUUGGCUCGUUAUUUGGCUUCCAAUCCUCACAUAACAUUAUUGCGUCGUUUUUGUAUUGAAAAAAGUUUCGUUCGUGAUAUUCAAUCUGUCAAUUGUUUCUCUCAUUGCAAUGAAUCAACUUUAGAUUUAAUAUUUCCUGACACUUGUCAAUCUUCAUGGAUUUUACCUUAUGUUGAAAUUAUUGGAUUUGCUCUGCAAAUAUUGCCCACCUUUUUGCCAAAAUUUAGUCAUCAUUCAUCAAGAAAUUCUUGUUCCAUAAAGCCUUACGUUGAUAUCGUUGUAUCGAAAGAUUUGGUUUUGAAAUACGACCAUUCAUCAUAUAAAUUUCAAAUUCAUCUCACUAAUCUAAACAUUUUUUCCAUGAUAUUUGAACAAAUGGAAUUGCCACAAGAUAAUUUUACCUCAUUGAUUCAUCUAUUAUCCCAUUCUCAUGAUUUACGUGCUAAUAAGACAGAAUUCACAAUUGGUAUCAAUACUAUGUUUCCGCAGAUCAAUUCAAGCCAAUCGGAAAUACUUUUUGAUUUGUUCAAUCUAUGUGAAACGAGUGCCAUAAAUUUAUACAACAAAAUUCGCCUUAUCUUUAUUAAAUAUUCGAUCGGUGAUGAGAGUUCUUUAUCAACAUUGGAAAAUCGAGUGAAACCACAUAUUAUCGAAAUGGAAACUAUUCAACUUCUUUCUCGUACUUAUUUUUGUGAUAAAAUUGAUAUGGAAUUUAAUGAUUUGUUUGAAUUCAAAUUCAGUUUGUUAUAUUUAUCAUCUGAUUCUUAUUAUUAUAACAACAUUGUUAUUAAUAUAUUGUUGGCAAGCGAUGGUCAAUCUUCGAAAUUGAUUUCAACUGGUGGACAAUAUGAUAAUCUAAUUAAUAGUUUUCGAUUACAUAUGAAGAUGCAAAAUAUGAAACGUUUAUAUGCAGUUGGAAUUUCUAUCAAAUUUGAUCUACUAAUUGAAUGUAUGAAGCUUUCUAUUCUUUCACAAUUGAAUACUCCAUUCGAUUUUGAUCAUUCAUAUAAUCAAAUGCUCAAUUAUCGAUUACAGAAAAUUGUUGCAAAUUCAUGCACUGGAUCUCGUUUCAGUAUAACUGAUAUCAUUGUGAUUCCAUAUAUUGUCCAAUCUAAUCAGACCAACUCAAACGAAUUGAAAUAUCCAUUAGAUAAAGUUUGUAAAUUCAUUCAUAAACUUCGUAAUGAUGGUUAUUCUACGUCAGUUGUGGCUCAUACAAUUGUAAUGAAUUUUGAUGAAAAAAUGGUUGCCAAAUCCAAUUAUUUCUCUGACAUUUAUGAAAAUGCCAAAUAUCAGGCCAUCCAAUUGAUUGUUGUUAUGCAGAUUAAUGAUGAUGGAUCGGAAAUUAUUUAUUGGCUAAACAAAAUCGAAAACCGACUUAUUAUAGGUAGAAAUGUUUUCCAAAUCAAAUGCCUAACGUUGGAGUCAACUAUUGGCAAAAUAUCUGAACUAUUAACCUACGAUCAAAUCUCGGCUGAGCGAUAUGUUGGAAUAUCGGAAAAACCAUCACAAAAACAAACUAAUCAAAGUAUUACAACGAAUAAAACUUCACGAAAUAUCCAACAAACAUAUCUGUCGUCUCAACCGGAAUCAAUAGCUGAUGAUCGACGUCGUCAUAACAUUUUGCAUACAGAAUUACAAAAAAUAUCUUCAAAUCUAUCAUUAGCUUCACAAAUUGAAUUCAUAACAAACGGAACUGAUAGACGCCGUCAUUGGACCAGUUUGAAUGCCGAAAUUCAAAAGCUUGGAACGAUACUGAAUUUGUCCAAUCCAAAUCUGAAAAUUUUGGCUGUUGAAUUUCCCUUCAGUACAGUGAAAAAAAUUGCCAAACUUAUCGAUAUCGAUAACUUAAAUAGCCGAACAGUCGAUGUAAUCAUGAAUCAGAAUAUUAUUAAUAUUAAACAAUCGCUUAAAGAAUCGUAUCGUUUGUUUAGUGAUUCAAUCGAUAAAACAAUCAAAGCAAUUUGUAAUUUUUUCUCAAAAAAUACAUCUCGUUCCGGUGGUGGUGGUGGUGGUGGCAAUAAUAUGAAUGGAGCAAUCAUAAUUCUAAUCACUUUCAGCGAUCGUUAUCAAUAUCAAUUGAUUAACUCGAAUUGAAAUUUGAGGAAAUUUUUUGUUCAUUUUUUUUUUGGUUGCCUUGAAUUCUUUUAUUUCGAAUUUUUUUUCUUUUUAGUCAUUUGAUUUGCAAUGUUUCUUCUACAUAAUAAUAUUAAUGAUAAUACAAUACAUACAUAUACCACUACUAUUAUAACCAUUUUGAAAUUUUUUUUCUUUUCAAAAACAAUGAUAUUUAUUACAAAUGAUAGACACACCCACACACACACACAUUUUGAGCUUUAAUAAUU